GUUCUCCUUUGGUUUCAACCGGCGUGGGAAGUAGUGUGGCUGGUUACUGCAUCGGUUAUAAGAUAAAUAUUCCCCCCUGAGAAAAACACAACAACCAUCAUGGACUCUUCGCUGACUGCUGCACAGAUCCGUGAGAAGUUCAUCGAUUUCUUCCGCCGUCAUGAGCAUCAGUACGUCCACUCGUCGGCCACCAUCCCGCUGGAUGAUCCCACUCUGCUCUUCGCCAAUGCUGGCAUGAACCAGUUCAAGCCCAUCUUUCUGAACACCAUCGACCCAUCUCAUCCAAUGGCCAAACUUCGCCGUGCUGCUAAUACUCAGAAGUGUAUUCGUGCCGGUGGCAAACACAAUGACCUGGAUGAUGUUGGCAAGGACGUCUACCAUCACACCUUCUUUGAGAUGUUGGGCUCUUGGUCUUUUGGAGACUAUUUUAAACACCUGGCCUGCGAGAUGGCACUGGAUCUGCUGACCAAGGAGUUUGGUAUUCCUAUUGAACGACUCUAUGUGACUUACUUUGGUGGUGAUGAAGAUGCAGGCCUGGAGCCUGACCUGGAGUGCAAACAGAUCUGGCUGGACUUGGGAAUGGAGGAGUGUCGUAUUCUUCCAGGGAGUAUGAAGGACAAUUUCUGGGAGAUGGGGGACACCGGUCCAUGUGGACCAUGCAGUGAGAUGCACUAUGAUCGUAUUGGAGGCAGAGAUGCUUCCCAUCUGGUCAACAUGGAUGACCCCAAUGUGCUUGAAAUCUGGAAUCUGGUUUUUAUCCAGUUUAACAGGGAGUCUGAGACGGUUCUAAAGCCUCUGCCUAAGAAGAGCAUCGACACAGGCAUGGGACUGGAGCGUCUGGUGUCAGUACUCCAAAACAAGAUGUCUAACUAUGACACUGACCUUUUCGUCCCUUAUUUCGAGGCCAUUCAGAAGGGCACAGGUGCCAGGCCAUACACAGGAAAAGUUGGUGCAGAAGAUACAGAUGGUGUUGACAUGGCAUACCGCGUCCUGGCCGAUCACGCUCGCACUAUAACGAUUGCUUUGUCUGACGGUGGCAGACCUGACAACACAGGCAGGGGCUAUGUGUUAAGAAGGAUUCUGCGUCGUGCUGUGCGAUACUCUCAUGAGAAGCUGGGUGCACAGAGAGGCUUCUUUGCCUCCCUCGUGGAUGUGGUGGUUGAGUCCCUGGGUGAUGCUUUCCCUGAAUUGAGAAAAGAUCCUGAUAUGGUGAAGGACGUGAUUAAUGAAGAAGAGGUACAGUUUCUCAAAACUCUUAGCAGGGGACGUCGCAUAUUGGACCGCAAGAUCCAGAGUCUUGGAGACAGCAAGACUAUCCCAGGGGACACAGCCUGGUUGUUGUAUGACACCUAUGGUUUUCCUCUGGACCUCACUGCCCUGAUCGCUGAAGAGAGAGGGAUGGGGGUGGACAGACAAUCCUUUGAGGAAGAAAAAAAAGCUGCCCAGUUGAAGUCUCAGGGCAAAGGCUCUGGUAAUGAGGACCACAUUAUGUUGGACAUCUACGCCAUCGAAGAGCUUAGGAACAAGGGUGUUCCUGCUACCGAUGACAGCCCCAAGUAUCGCUACACUUCAGAUGAUAACGGCAACUAUGACUUUGGACAGGUAGUGGGUACGGUGUUGGCUUUGAGAAGGGACCGUGCAUUUGUCGAUGAGGUGACCACUGGUCAAGAGUGCGGAUUGCUGCUCGAUCAAACGUCUUUUUAUGCUGAGCAGGGUGGACAGAGCUUCGACGAAGGCUACAUACUUCGAGAGAACGACUCUACUGAGGAUAAAAUGGAGUUCACAGUGAAGAAUACUCAAGUGAGAGGAGGAUAUGUCCUGCAUAUUGGUACAGUGUAUGGUACACUAAAAGUUGGAGAUCGCCUGACUCUCCAUGUGGAUGAGGCACGCCGUAGGCCCAUCAUGAGUAAUCAUACCUCCACACACAUCCUUAACUUUGCAUUGCGUUCAGUGUUGGGGGAGGCAGACCAGCGGGGCUCUCUGGUUGCUCCAGACCGUCUGCGCUUUGACUUCACCGCCAAAGGAGCCAUGAGCACAGAUGAAGUGCGGCGCACAGAGGAGAUCGCUUGUGCUUUGAUUCGUGUUGCCAAGGCAGUCUACGCUCUAGAUGCUCCUCUUGCACAAGCUAAAGCCAUCCAAGGUCUGCGGGCUGUAUUUGAUGAGACGUACCCUGAUCCAGUCAGAGUGGUGUCUAUUGGUAUCCCUGUGGAGGAGCUGCUGGCCGAUCCCAACAGCCCUGUGGGCUCCCUCACCUCUAUCGAGUUCUGCGGCGGAACGCACCUGCAAAACUCUGCUCAUGCUGGACCAUUUGUGAUCGUUUCAGAGGAGGCCAUCGCUAAAGGAAUCAGGAGGAUUGUGGCUGUUACUGGAGCAGAGGCUCAGAAGGCCCAGAGAAAAGCAGAUGCCCUGAAGCUGAGCCUAGAUGGCAUGGCAGAGAAAGUGAAAGCUCAGACCAUCCCCAAUAAAGAUGUACAGAAGGAGAUUGCAGAUAUGACGGAGUCGUUGGGCACUGCAGUCAUCUCUCAGUGGCGGAAGGAUGAGAUGAGGGAAUCUCUAAAGGGUCUUAAGAAGAUCAUGGAUGAUCUGGACCGUGCCAGCAAGGCUGAUGUACAGAAGAGGGUCCUGGAGAAGACAAAAGAGAUGAUUGACAGCAACCCAAACCAACCUCUUAUUGUCAUGGAGAUGGAGACUGGAGCAUCUGCAAAGGCGUUGAAUGAGUCAUUGAAGUUGCUGAAGACAAAUUCUCCUCAGACUGCUGCUAUGCUUUUUACUGUAGACAAUGACGCAGGAAAAAUUAUCUGCCUUUGCCAAGUGCCCCAGGAUGUUGCAAACCGUGGUUUGAAGGCAAAUGAGUGGGUUCAGGAAGUAUGCCCUCUGCUGGACGGAAAAGGAGGUGGUAAAGACAUGUCUGCCCAGGCUACAGGAAGAAACACACAAUGCAUCCAAGAGGCCCUGCAGAUGGCCAACGAGUUUGCCCGACUUAAACUGGGUGAAAAUUAGAAUUUGAGAACGAGGUGUUAGAUCUUGUUUCAGCUUGCUGAAUUUUCAAACUGGACAUUAAAGGUUGUAAAAUGUAAAACUGUACAGAAAUGUGUCAAUUGUACAUUAUGAAUAGAAGGAGAAGUAAUUAGUGGCCUCUCUCUAUUCCUUGAGGAACUGCAACCGGAAACAUAUCAUUUGAUCCAUCCAACUGUCCAGUCACACAGGGGCUAUGCAUGCUUGCUUGGGGUUAUUCCAUAUAAAUUAACAUUGUUAGAUAUUGUGCUGCUAGCUUAAAGCUCAUCAUUGCCAUUGUCUUAAAAAUAUAAUGAGGAGGGAAAUAAUUGUCACUACCAUAUUAGGGUGUCUAUGUUACAUUUUUCAUGACAUUUUAGCAUUGUAGAUAUAUGUCUUUAUGUAGGGGAUAUUGUAAUGGUUUAAGCAAACUAAUGCUUGUACCACAGGUAAUGUUAAUGUCUUUCACUAACUCUUCUAGUCUCUGUUUUGAGAAAAUGAGCCAUCAAUCACUGUCACAUCAUGUAUCAUUAGUUAAUGACAAUAAAAUCAAUGAUUUCAAAUGA